UUUUAUCACAAAGUAGCAAUCAAAAUAGAUUUCAUAUUUAAUCAUCCAAACAAGGUGUAAUCCGCCAUUUUACCCAAAAUCACUUCACAGAAAUUUGAAACUUCUCCGGCGAAACAAAAAUAUGUCCGAUUACCCUCACAAUCCCUCCGGCUAUGGUUACGGCUACCAACCACCACAAUCUCAACCGUACUCCUCCGCUCCAUAUGGCGGUUCAGCUCCAGUACCCUACGGUGCUCCACCACCACAACAAGUCCACAGCUCACCCUACGGUGACCUAAAUAAACCUCCGAAGGACAAUACCCCAUCUUCCGGCGGUUACCCAGGUCCUUACGGAUCGAAUCCGUUUUCGUCACUGAUGCCGUCGAUUUUUCCACCCGGAACCGACCCGAAUGUGAUGUCUUGCUUUCAAAUGGCGGAUCAGGAUGGUAGUGGGUUUAUUGAUGAUAAGGAAUUGCAGAAGGCACUUUCUUCGUAUAAUCAAAGCUUUGGAUUGAGAACUGUUCAUCUUCUUAUGUAUCUCUUCACCAAUACCAAUAUCAGAAAAAUCGGUCCUAAAGAAUUCACUGCAGUCUUCUCUAGUCUUCAAAACUGGAGGGCAAUUUUUGAAAGAUUUGACAAGGAUAGGAGUGGAAAAAUUGAUUCCUCUGAAUUAAGAGAGGCCUUACAUAGCCUGGGAUAUGCUGUAUAUGGUCCUGUUUUGGAGUUGCUGGUUUCCAAGUUUGACAAAACUGGUGGAAUGAUUAAGGCCAUUGAAUAUGAUAACUUCAUUGAGUGCUGCCUCACUGUCAAGGGACUGACAGAGAAAUUCAAGGAGAAGGAUAUUGCAUACUCUGGCUCAGCAACAUUCACUUAUGAUUCCUUCAUGCUGACUAUUUUGCCUUUCCUCAUUGCUUAGAGACAUGUAAAAUUUCACUUUGCAAUUGUUAGUUCGGUUAUCAAAAGGAGUCUCUCUAUCUCUACAUAGCAUCAUCCCUUAACCCCACUUGUGGAAUUACACUGAAUAUGUUGGUGUAACUGUCAGUUUGCCUUUUCCUCUUGUAAUUAUUGUUAGUUUUCACUUGUGUUUUGAGACAAUUUGCUUCUGAUUGUUUGGUAUGUAAUAUAUAUAGUUUUCAUUAGAUGGAUUGAGAUGCACAAAUCUUGUGAGAACCAUCUUUUUAAAGUGCUCAAUGGUAAAAUAUGUGUUGGUUGUGUAGUAUUAA